CGCCAACGGCAGUCUUGUUCGAAGCCCUGUGGUACGCGGACCGUGCGCGCUGCGGACAGUUUGCCGGCGUGGCGAGUGUACACCUGUGGAGUAUGACGCUUGCCUGAACUGAUAGCCCCGUUGUUGUGAUAAGGACCUUAUCUCAGUGCGUUUUCGAGUUAUCGCGAGUGCGCGGUGCCGUGUGCGGAAACCGACAGGACCGUCGGUUUUCCUCGAGUGAUCUCUUUUUUUUGGUUGGAUAUAAAAGUGAAGUGCAGCAGCGCCUGGGAUAGAGCCUCUCUGUCCCUCCAGGGCCGACGCGAGUGAUUGUGUCUGUGCGAACGCAACCCGUUGUGGAAUUUGUGAGUGCUUCUCGGCCUGCAGCGACCAUGGAGCGCAUUGGAGCCCUUCUGCUCAUCAUCGCUUCCUUACAAGGGGCGGUGCUGUCCGUGAACGUGGAGGUGUUCCCCUCGGAGGCCGUGGUGUCGGUGGGCCAGAACGUGUCCAUGCUGUGCCGCGUGUCCGUGCCCAUCCAGUACUGCCGCAUCGAGGUGCCGGGCCUGGAGGCGCCGCUCAACCUCAACCCGCUGCGGGGCCCCGCGCCGCCGUCCAUGGCCGCCUACCUCGGCGAGGGCCUGGACAAGGGCCACUGCGGCGUGUCCAUCCCGCGCGUCGAGGACAAGUACAACGGCGUCUUCAAGUGCUCCGUGGGCACCCCCACCGAGGCGCACGAGAGCCAGGGCACCAUGUCUGUCGUCGUGGCCCGCGCCCCCCAAGGACCCCCCGCCAUGGAGCUGACGCGGCCGCGCGACCCCCAGGACACCUACCAGGAGGGCGAACGCUUCCUGGCGACGUGCGUCGUGCCCGAGGGCAGGCCGGCCGCCAACAUCACCUGGUUCAUGGGUGACGACCUGGUGACCGAGGGCGUGUCCGCGCCGGAGAUCUUCGAGAACUCCAAGGACAAGCUGUACCGCAUCCGCCAGAACCUGACCCGCGAGCUGCGCUGGAGCGACAACGGCAAGGAGCUGCGCUGCGUGGCCGCGCACCCCAUCCUGGGCAUGGACCCCGCCCGCACCACCGCGCGCAAGCGCAUCAGCGUCAAGUUCUCCCCCCAGCCGGCGUCCGGGGACCUGGAGCAGUUCGGCUUCACCGAGGGCGAGGAGGGUCACGUGGCGAUACGCAUCAAGGCCAACCCCAAGCCCAGCUUCGUGUGGACCGUGGGUCGCGAGGACAUCUACGAGGGCAGCGCCAGCUCCGACACGGAGCGCCACUUCGAGGUCGCUUACACAGAGCCCAAGGGUUAUGGCGAGUGGGAGACGAAGCUGUUCAUUAGACCUGUCACCAAGGAGGAUGUCGACCGAGAAUACAGGGUUCAGGCCACCAACACCAUUGGGCAGCAAGACUACAUCGUCAGAAUUUCCACAAGCUCACAGCCAAGAGCUAUGGCUGAAAUGGGAGCCGGAGCCAUCGUUGGAAUUGUCAUUGCAGUCCUUCUUGUGCUGUUGAAUUUUAUUGUGGUCUUUGCUCGGGCAACAGGCAGAUGGUGCUUUGCAGGAGGUGCUGCUUCUCAUCGCACCGGUGAAACAGGCGGUGAUCCGGAAGACCCGGGUAAAACUGAGGAGGCCAAGAGGUUGACCCCCAAGAGCCGAAUUUCCACAUCCGUCAAUAGUGAACAACUCCUCGGUCAAAGUAGUGACACUGAGAGUGCUGAUCAAGGACCUGGCCAGAAGAAGAACAUUUUAAAGAAGAAGGUGAAAAUCCCCUUGACCAACAUGUUCAAGAAAGCCAAAGACAAGGUUGCUGGUGACACGGAAGUACUUAAGACUGCGGUGGUGGUUGAUGAGAAAGAUGCGGAGAAGGCUGCUCAGCAAGUGGCUCAAGACGUGGAGCAGGGCAAGGAAUGUGUUUACGCUGAACUUACACAUGCACAGGCGGCAGAGCGAGGGCGCCCAGUAGUGGUUCGCCCCGAAGAUGACAAGACGGAGUAUGCUGAGAUUGUGCACACCAAGGACGAGAAGAAGGGAGACAAGUAAACAACAUACCCCUACAGUCUCUUGACUUAAACCAAAUAAUGUAAAUGGGCCAGUUGUCAGGUAUGUAGGUCAGGAAUUGGAAACGCUUCUGUGUCAUUGCCGGUUCAGCUAGAGGAUGCUUUCUCUCCCUAUAACUUGCUAAUUUGUUUUCUUUACUAUGUGCUGUGGUGUAGUUACUGCCACUGAUUUGGAGCAUAAAUCAUGACAGGUCUGACGGAGUUGCUGACGUUUGCAAAUGCCUCCCAUACUUAUUUCCCGCUACCUUGUCUUUGAACUUACAAACCUCUAAAGUUACCAUAUUUCAUAUCACUUGAGGUAUGCUAAGAAAUUCAAUUAACUGGGAAAUUAUCUCAUCUCAGACAUAGUUUAUUCAUGAGAACUGCUAGUUCUAGUCUCAUGGUUAAUAUGUUAAAUUAGAUCCAAAAGUUUGAGUGCUUCUUUUAUCAAGAUAUUCUUCUUUCUACCCUUUAUGGCUAUGCUUGUAGUAGGUUUGUGCCUCCGUUGGUCUUCCUUUCAGACGUCUCUUUCCCCCAGAACAACUACUGCCGCGUAAUGACUUUUAACUAGAGCUGUGACUUUCCUUCAAUUUUACUAUCUUAUCCCAUCGGCAAAAAUAUUGCAAGCCAGAAAAUUUUGACAGUGCCUUCCAAUUCUGAUCACCAUAAACAAAUGGAAUUUUCCAUUGUUUAACAGUGCUUUUUUGUAACUAUUUUGUAAAAAAUGUAAGGAAACACAAGUUUUAUUGUGAAUUUUUGUUGCACCUGGAAGAUUAUCCCAGCUCUUGUGUUUGUGUUUUAUGUCAUGUUAAAGAAAGACAAUCAAUAUUGUCAAUUUUGCACCAUGCCUAUUUUUCAGUAUUUAUGAUGAAUGUUGGAAUAAUUUUCUGUGUUCAAUUUUAAUGUGAUAAGUAAGAAAGAAUGUGUCUUAUAUCUUAACUGCCCACCUGUUCUUAGACUAGACAAAGCUUGGUGCUACAUAUGUCAAAGGCAGAUGGUGCUAUCAGUCAAUAGCUAUCAUUUGUAAUUUAAAGGAUUAAAAUUGUAUUGGAUUUAUUUUAAUGGCCUAGUAUUUUGCUAUGCAGUAUGUCUGGAAAUUUUGUAUUUCAUAAUUACAAAUUAAGGUUUUUUGUACUUAAGGGCAAGUAUCAGGAACUAUGCCCAUUGUUUUUAAUUUACUAAAAUACAAAUUAUGAAAAGUGUGAUUUUAGCUCUAUGUGAUCAAAGAGUAACUUUAUUGUACAAAUGCAAAAGGCAUACUGCUUGGACAAGUAUUGUUGGUUGUUAAAGACCAAGGCGUAUUAGAGUUUUGUUGUGUUGUCAUACGCAUUGUAAGCAUUUUGCAUAAGCAUUUAAUUUUCAUUGUUAAGCUAUCAUUUAAGAUGAGUAUAUUUUAUUUUACAUUUUAUUUUAAAUUAAUGAGAGAAAAAUACUAUUUAAUAUCUUACUAUUUAUGCGUGAGGAAAGUGUUGGAGUUGUUACAUUCCCUGCAUACCUAGCAUUGGCUAGGCAUGUGCAAUGUGUAGCUUGGGUCUGAGCAAUUUAACACCCUCUACAGUAUUGCUGCAUGUGCUGUUAUGUAAAUUGAUUCUUACAUAAAAAGAAAAUAUUUAUUGCUAGUGUAAGUGUGUGUUAUUGGAUACAUCACUGUACAAUUUAACUGUCUCAAUGCCCCCCAAAUAUUUAAAUGUUCAUCCCAAACUUAGAACAAAAUUUGAAAUGACGUUGUGACAGUGGGUAACGUUUUGAUAUUAUUUUGUCAAUGUGUGCCUUUAAUUUGGGAUUCUUGUGAUGAUAAAAUACUAUUUGAAGAGAUACCUGAGGAGUACUAUUCAGUAAAUGAAAAUUUGGUCCCACAUGUACAUCUGAUUGUAAAAAUGUAAGAUGGGCUAUAUUUUCGUUCAUUAUCUGUCUCAUUUGUGAAUAUGUGUGAUUGUACUUUUGUGUAACUGUGGUGUGAUUAUACCUUUUCUUUUAAGUAAAAUCUUCAAGUGAGUGGUGCUUAUUGCUUUCACAAUAAAAAAGAUUAUCAGAAACAUUUUUUGAA